AUUAGUUUUCUUUAAACUUUCUCUACAACAUGUUGUCCAAAGUAUUAGUUGGUCUUUUGGCCGUUUUGGUGUGUGCUCAUACCGUUUGUGGUCUUACCAUCAUUUCCAAAUCCGAAUGGGGUGGUGCUCCUGCUACCAGUAAGACCUCAUUGGCUAACGGUUUAUCUUAUGCUGUUAUUCAUCAUACCGCCGGUGCUUACUGUUCCACCAAGGCCAGCUGCAUGCAACAAAUGCGUAAUAUCCAAAGUUAUCACCAAAAGACUUUGGGUUGGGCUGAUAUUGGUUACAACUUCUUGAUCGGUGGUGAUGGUAAUGUUUAUGAGGGUCGCGGUUGGAAUGUAAUGGGUGCUCAUGCCACCAACUGGAACUCUAAGGCAAUUGGCAUUUCCUUCAUGGGUAACUACAACAAUGAUAGACCCACUGCUGCUCAAAUCUCCGCUGCUAAGAGUUUGUUGUCGGCUGCCGUUUCUCGUGGUCAAAUUAAGUCGGGUUAUAUUUUGUACGGUCAUCGUCAGGUCGGUUCUACUGAGUGCCCUGGCAAUAAUUUGUAUAACGAAAUCAAAAAAUGGUCUAACUGGAAGGCUUAAGUUGAGGGUUACAAAGAUUAUUUAAGAAAAACAUUUGAUUUCCAAUAAAAGUAUUAUAGAUUUAUGCAAAUUA